AUGGAUGUCACUGUGGAGAUGGUUAUGGGCCACAUGAAGGCAAAUGCUGACAAUGCUCGUCGCUUUGUCACUGUUGUGCUUGACGCUCUGGCUAACGAUGAGCACUCUGAUCUUGUUCAGGCUAAGCACCUGGCUGGCUCUGUCAAGUUUGGUAUCAGUACUCCUCAGCCACACUGGAGUCCUGAGGCCCAGAAAAAGCUCAACCGGCUGUUCCCAGGCUACUUCCAAUAA